AUGUCCCACCCCCCAUCGCCCCCCACGUCGUCGCCCGGCUCGCCAUCAGCCAACGGCGAGCGCCCGCAGCUCAUUCUCUGCGCCGACGGCGGCGGAUCAAAGGUCUGCGUCGUGAUCCGCUCGUCGGACGGCAUCGAGGUCCGCGGCACCGCCGGCCCGUGUAAUGUCCAAUCCGUGGGCCACAUCCCGGCCGCCGACCGCAUCCUCGAGGCAACCUACAAGGCCCUCUCGCUCCUCCCCACCUCGUAUCUCCCCGACGGCUUCACCAUCCCCCACCUCCAGCAGCCCCUCCCCCCACAUGCUAUCCCCUCGGGCGUGCGCUCGCGCAUGGCGAGCCCCCAUGCUAGUGGUUACAACACACCCCGCGUCCGUCCGCCACCCCUCAGCCAGUCGCUGUUCGCCCUCUGCUGGAUCGCGCUCGCUGGCUUCACCACCGACGCUGACACGGCCGCGUUCUUGCCCUUCAUCUCGACGGCGCUCAACACCCCCGGCGACCGCUUCACAUUGACGAAUGAUGUCAACCUCCUCGCCGCCCCCGCCGUCCACCUCUCUGGCCUGUCCCACUGUGUCGCCGUCGUCUGUGGCACUGGCACCAUUGCACGCACAAUCAAGGUCGGCAACCGCGAGGAAAACCUCCCGCCCAGCCCUCCCGUCGAGGUGCGCUCUGUCGACGGCAACGACGACCCAAUGGCGGGCACUGUCACGACCAACGGCACGAGCUCGAAGCAGAAGAAGCAGAAGGGCCUGCCGCUGCAGGACAUUGGUGUCUCUCGUGGUUGGGGUUACAUGCUCGACGACGAAGGAUCCGCCUUCUGGGUCGGCCGCCUCGCCAUCCGCUACGUCCUCUCCAACUGGGACCGCGCCCACUCGACCGGCGUCUACUCUUCCCCUGUCCCAGAAACCCUUCCGCUCCACACCGACCUGCUCGAGUACUUUGAGGUUGACGACCCUACCGAGCUGAUCGGCAUCGUCUCGCUCAUGACGUCGUUUGUCGACGGCCUGACGAUCGGCGAGGCUUCCGCCAAGCGCAACGCCUACCAGGCCGGAGCGGGCCGUGUCGUCUUCAAGUGGGCGUUCCCCGCCGACUCUGGGGUGCAAAUCACGACGGAUCUCAAGAAGGCAUCGCACGAAGCAGCCCUCAAGAUUGCCAAGAGCGCGAUCGAGCCGCUUGUCGACCUCACCCUCUCUGCACUGGGCGACCGGUCAGUCGUCGAGCCGGCCCGCACGGCGCUCACCCUUGGCGGCGGCCUCAUGAACUCGAACGGUUACCGCCAGCUUCUCCUUCAAGGCCUCAAGGCGCGCGGUGUCAGCUUCCGCGACGUGUUGUUGGUUGACGACGCUGCGGGUGAGGGAGGCAAGGCGUUGGCUGCUGUGGCGUUUGGGCAGUAAGUGGGGGUCGUGCUACGCCAGGCUGGCGUGCGAGUAUGAGUCGGAGAGCGAGAGUGAGAGAUAAAUACAACACGCCAACUAGAGAAUCGCCCUGCGCCGAGACGUGCCGCCGCGUUGGCGGGGUAGACUCGCCCAGGGCGAGGGCACAGGCGCCCGCAACGCAACACUCGUACCCGCCAGAGUUUCGGCGGCGCAUGUGAGCUGGCGCGGGUGGUGGUGGCCUAGUGUUGAGUGUAUUAGGGGUAGCCGGGCUACGAGUGCCGACACUGCAAGGCACCGCUGCGUCUUCAUCUAGCAAGAUGGGCCAGGUGGGUAGGCAAGCAAGCGGCAAGGUAGCAAGGUAGCAAGGUAGCAAGAUAGCAACAUAGCACCGUACAGACAUUUGGGCUCUGUGUCAUAUGAAUUGUGUAACGAGUG